AUGGAGUGCCUCCACCAGCUGACCACAGUUAUCAUGUCUGUGUCCUUUGUGGUAGGUGUAGUGGCGAAUGGGCUGGUGCUCUGGAUGACUGUUUUCCGAAUGCCGUGAACUUUUACUACCAUCUGGUUCUUCAACCUGGCCCUUGCCGACGUCACUGUCUUACUGUCCCUGCUUAUCACCAUACAGAGUGUAGCAAUUAGCCAGUGGCUCCUCAACGAUGUGGCCUGCAAGCUUUACAUGGCCUUCUUGGCCCUCAGCUUCUUUACCAGCAUCUGCCUCUUGGUCCUCAUCUCUCUGGACCGUUGCAUCUCUGUCCUCUACCCCGUCUGGUCCUGAAACCACUGCACUGUGCAGCAAGCAAGCUGGCUGCUGGCUGCUGUCACUUGCACUCCAUACUUGAUUUUCCAGACCACUGAAGAACAGAAAGGAUGUGUCUACUGCUGCUUCAAUAUUGACACAGAGAAUAAGGGGGUUUUGAAGAGGAAAAUGACUGUGACCAUCAUUCACUUCCUGCUGGGUUUCUUGGUGCCCUUGGUGAUCAUCAGUACCUGUGCCCACCUCAUCUGCACCAAGUUCCAGCAGGAGGGCUGGGUCCAUGCCAGCCAGCCAAAGAGGCUGCUGCUGGUGUUGGUGAGUGCCUUUUUCAUUCCCUGGUUCCCGUUUAACAUGGCGCUCUUGGUCCAAUUGUAGCAACAGCAAAACGAACCUGACCCUAAGAUACUGCUCAUCCUCUGGGCUACCUUCUCCCUGGGCUGUUUCAACAGCUGCCUCAACCCUUUCCUCUAUGUCUUCAUUGGCAGAGAUUGCCAAGAAAAGUUUUUCCAGUCUUUGCCUUGUGCCUUGGCCAGAGCAUUUGGUGAGGAGGGGUUUUUCUCAGCCUGUCCCCAAGGUGAAGCCCCCAGGGUAUGA